GGACGAACGACCUCUAAGAUACCCACGACACCGAAAUCAACUUCGAUGCAUACUUUUGUUCCUCGUCGUGACGAUAUUGAGAAGUCUUCGUGUUGCAAUCAACCUUACACUUAGUUAUCUCUGAGUCGUGCGAAAUCCGGGUAGGUUUCAAGAGAUGCGACCACUAAGAACGACCAGCCUUGACGCUGCUCGAGCGAUGCCUUGAACGACUUCGUCCAUAUACGUGAAAAUGUUCAAAAGAAAGGUGAUAGUCUUACGUUAUUUCACUGAGCACCGUGAUCGUUUUAGUUUAACUUCUAAACAAUCAUGAAUCCACGCUAACCGCCUAUAUGUUCUUGUAGAUCGAAUGCUAAAGUGGUUGGGCUGCACCGCGACUCCAGCCUCUCUGACCAUCGCGAGGACACUGACGACCUAUCGAUUUGCGUUUUCGGCACUCUUGCUUCCUCGAGGACCGCAGCAGCGUUUUUUCGGCUGCCAGGAUGCCAAGACCCGCAAGAGGAACUUCGCCCGUGUUCGUGAGGAGCAGAAAGCCAAGCACCAAAGGCUCCGGGAGCUUGACACCGAACUGCGGAGGGACGAAAAGGAGGGCCAGAAAACGGAAGGAAAGAAAGCAGGAAGUAGCUCAUCCGGGUCGAAAUUGCACUUUGUUGCCAGUAAAAAGAAAAAACUCAGUACGUGGUGAAUUCACCGAUCAAUAACGUGCAGACGCCGCGC